AUGGACGUUGACGAUGCCGGAACUGCUUCUUCUGGAAGGCGACCAAGAGCUAAAGCUCGACCUCGGCGUGGUGAUGAAACCAUAUCUAGCGACUUGAUACUCAUUAGGUACGAGACUCAGCACAAUUGUGGGCGUGAAGUGACAAAUCGAAGAGGCAUCUUCAACGUCUGCGGUGUGGAGAUAAAAGAUAUGGGUCUUGAGAACACUGACACGGUGAUUGACUUGAUCGAGCAAAUGUCCGAUCACAGGGAUCGAUGCCUUCCUCAGCGUGGCGACCAACCUUUGUAUGCCCGUGAUGUGGAAAACGGCGGUUAUGCAAACCACGGAUAUCAGAGCAUUGGGGACCGUGUCACAGGUGGGAUCUUGGACCUCAUUCCGUUGAGAGGUGCGAGGUUCGUGAGUAGACAAUUGGGACAUUACCGACCAUGUUGUCUGGAGGAAGUUGACCCAUCAAACUCUGGGUAUUGUUAG